AUGCCCAACUCUAACAAUUGCAAGUAUAUGAAUUCCACUCGAAAUCUCACUGACAAAGCUCGAACAUUACAGGACAAGCGUAUCAAAGCCGACCGAAAUUUCUUUCUCAUCUGGGACCAGUGGGUACCACCAAAGUUAGGGCCAACUCAAACGAUUCCACAAGACAACCUUCAAAUUCGCUUCAACUACUCCACUCAAUCGAAAUGUCCCCUCCCAUCUUAUUCACGCAAUAUCAAAGGGACUAAGUUCACACCUUCAACCAUGCCAGUCAGGGAGGAAUACACUGAUGCACUUGCCGAAAAACAGAAGGCAAAGAAGGCAAUUUUUGAAAUGUGCUGGAACACGGAAGCUCAGCCAGUGCCAUCUGUCCAAACACCGACCGGCUCAUCAUCGGCUGAACACCAAUACAGCAGCCAAACAUUUGAAAUGUGCUGGAGUGUUGAACCCGAUUUAGGGCCAACAGUCAAUGCGCCUGCCAAGGCAUCAAUGGUCAAUGCACCGUCGGCCAAACACCAAUACAGCGGCCAAACAUUUGAAAUGUGCUGGAGUGUUGAACCUGAUUUAGGGCCAACAGUCAAUGCACUGGCCAAUGCAUCAAUGGUUGAUUCACCAGCCAAGGCAUCAACGGUUGAUUCACCGGCCGAAGUAUCAUCGGCAGAACUACAGUAUGGCAGUCAAACAUUUGAAAUGUGCUGGGACGUCCAAGAAGAUCCAGCGAGAACGGUUGAUGUACCGGUGUAA